AUGAACCAUGGCCAGCUCUCGUGGGGGGUAUGUAUGUGUGUGGGGGGAUGACCAAAAGGUCUCUGACAUUCUGACUCGGAUGGCUUCCCCUCAGCACUUACCAGAACUCUCCACUGUACUCAGCCUCCUGGCCUUUAAGGAAUGUUCACUACAAACACACAUAUCCAAUAAAUACUAGGAUAAUGAAGCUUAUAAACUGUGACUCAACAACAUGAUCGCAAAUGCUUUGUCUGUACUCAAAUAAUACGACUACAAAUCAUUUGACUGACGUUUGUUCACUCCAAUCACAGACGGUCCGUUCACGGGGACCCCUCCCACUUACGGUUAUGAUGCAGACCGUGCGGAGGAGCAGAGGCGCCACCAUGACAUCCUGCCCUACAUCGACGACUCGCCCUCCGCCUCGCCACACCUCAGCUCCAAGAGCCGCGGCAGCCGAGACACCCUCUCCUCCGGAUCCCUUGAGUCCUCCAAGUCGGUGAGUGUGCCCCCUCCCCCUUCAAUUAAGUCUACCACAAAGGUCAUCUCCCACUCAUUCCAGGAAACUCCUCAUAUCAAACAGGGAUUUAUUUCCCAGUCUAUAGACUACCACAGUAUGAGUCACAAUACCCAUAAAACCUAGCGGUCAAACAGGAAAAUGGUUCCAAUCGUUUUUCCACCAUUCAUUUUUCCCAUAGGGGAUUUUAGAAACACUUAAAAUGAGGGCUGUGUUUCGUGUAGGCUUACCCUGGCGUGACGUUUUGAUAACCAUGUAAAUCUCUCUAGGACAAGGUGACUUUUAUCAAAAUAUUCGCCUGUAUUUAUCCACCCCAAAAUGAAAUGCUAAUUAGCUGCUAAUGUGGCUAUCAUAAAUAACUACAAAUGCCAUGAUGAUCUGGACGAGACUGGCGAAUCUCUGGAUGAACUAUCUAGUGUUACCUACAUGUAAUAAUUAAUAAAUUGGCUACAUUUCUUUAAAUGGACAAUUCUGUGAACUGUCUUGUACAAGUUUUAAAUUGACACAAUACCUGUUAGCAAAGGUGACAGCUAGAGAUGACGUGCAGGUGCUUGCAGGGAUUUGUAGUUUUGCAUGAUGUCUACUUUGAUGCUAAUUAGCAUUUUCAAAUCUGAGAGUAAAUAGAGCCGAAUAUAUUGAUAAAAGUCACCUUGUCCGAGAGAGGUUUACAUGAUUGUCACAACAGGUUAAGCCUACACGAAACACAACCUUUAUUUGAAGUGUUUCUAAAAUCCCCUAUAGGAACAAUGAAUGGGAGAAAAACAAUUGGAACCAUUUCACUGUUUGACCGCUAGGUUUUAUGGGUAUUAUGACACCUCCACAGUGGGGCUCUAUUCUAUCACCCUCUGGCCCUCCCUCACGGCCUCAACCAUGAAGAGACAUAAACACUUAUCUCUGAGGCACAUGUAUACAGUGCCUUCAGAAAGUAUUCAGACCCCUUGACUUUUUCCACAUUUUGUUAGGUUACAGCCUUAUUCUAAAAUUGAUUUUUUUUAAUUUUUAUAUAUCCUCAUCAAUCUACACACCAUACCCCAUAAUGACAAAGCAAAAACAGGUUUUUAGAAAUGUUUGCUAAUUUAUACAAAAUAAAAAUUUGAAAUAUCACAUUUACUUAAGUAUUCAGACCCUUUACUCAGUACUUUGUUGAAGCACCUUUGGCAGCAAUUACAGCCUGGAGUCUUCUUGUGUAUGACUCUACAAGCUUGGCACACCUGUAUUUGGGGAGUUUCAUCCAUUCUUCUCUGCAGAUCCUCUCAAGCUCUGUCAGGUUGGAUGGGGAGCGUUGCUUCACAGCUAUUUUCAGGUCUCUCCAGAGAUGUUCGAUCGGGUUCAAGUCCGGGCUCUGGCUGAGCCACUCAAGAACAUUCAGAGACUUGUCCCGAAUGUCACGCCCUGGCUCUAGGGACUCUUGUAUGUUGAGCCAGGGUGUUAGUUUCUUUGUGUAGUGUCUAUGUUUCGUUUUCUAUGUUCUGUUCUAGGUUAUGUGUUUCUAUGUUGGCCGGGGUGGUUCUCAAUCAGAGGCAACGAGAAUCAGCUGUUGCUUGUUGUCUCUGAUUGGGAACCAUACUAAGGCAGCCUGUUGUCCACUUGUGUUUUGUGGGAUCUUGUUCCGUGUAGGUUUGUGUAUGACCGAGGACUUCACGUAUCGUUUGUUGUUUUGUUAUUUGUAUCGUGUUGCUAAGUACACUAUUAAAGAGAUGUACGCAUAUCACGCUGCACCUUGGUCCAAUCAUUAUGACGAUCGUGACAGAAGAUCCCACCAAUACAGCACCAAGCAGCGUGUCCAGGAGCAAACGCCGGAGGUAACGUUAGUGGAUGUCCUCCUCGGUUGGGGGCAGAUCACGGAGGAGGAGGCCGUCCGUUACCGGAGGGCGAUGAAUGGGGAGACCCAGGCAGAAGAGGAGAAGCGGUGCCAACCGGGCCGUCGUCGGAUAGGCAAGAGGCAACCCCAAUAAAUUUUUUGGGGGGGGCACACGGCAUGGACGACGGGGCGGCUGGAGGCAGCUACAGGGCGAGUUUGUGGAUUAGGAGAGGAGGCCACCGGGUUUGGGGGGCUGGAAGGGAGGUUGGCGGAGCCUAGAGGUAGAGCAGAGCCAACUCCCCGUACUCAGGCUAGGCAGCGUGAGACUGGGCAGGUUCCGAGGUAUGCGGAGCUGCGUACUGUGCCGCGAGUGGUCCGGCACAGUCCUGUACGUCCUGUGCUAGCACCACUCACGUGUCGUGCUAAGGUGGGCAUGCAGCCAGGACGGAGUGUGCCGGCUCAACGCUCGUGGCCUCCAGUACCCCUCCUCGGUCCCGGAUAUCCUGCGCCAGUGUCACGUGCUGUAGUGCCAGUACGAGUACACAGCCCUGUACGUCCUGUGCUGAUGCCUCACACAGAGUGUGUAAAAAUAGGCAUUCAGCCAGGACGGGUUGUGUCAGCUCUUCGCUCCAGACCUCCAGUCCGUCUCCACAGCCCGGUCCGGCCUGUUUCUGUUCCCCGCACCAGGCCUGUGGUGCGCGUCGCCAGCCCGGCCCGGCCUGUUCCUGCUCCCCGCACCAAGCCUGUGGUGCGCGUCGCCAGCCCGGUCUGGCCUGUUCCUGCCCCUCGCACCAAGCCUGUGGUGCACGUCGCCAGCCCGGCCCGGCCUGUUCCUGCUCCCCGCACCAAGCCUAUGGUGCGCGUCGCCAGCCCGGCCCGGUCCAUUCCUGCUCCCCGCACCAAGCCAGUGGUGCGCGUCGUCAGCCCGGUCCGGCCCGUUCCUGCUCCCCGCACCAAGCCAGUGGUGCGCGACGUCAGUCCGGUCCGGCCCGUUCCUGCUCCCCGCACCAAGCCUGUGGUGCGCGUCGCCAGCCCGGUCCGGCCCGUCCCUGCUCCCCGCACCAAGCCUGUGGUGCGCGUCGUCAGUCCGGCACAGCCCGUGCCUGUUUCAUCGGUGCCUGGUCAGGUACCGGUCAGCUGCUCCACACCGGAGCCUAAGCAAUCCGCUCCACCGAUGUCCAGUCCAGCUCCAGCCAGCGGGGCCAGACCAGACCAGGGGCGCUACGGGGGGGUUGUUAGAGGGUGGUGGUCACGCCCGGAGCCGGAUCCGCCUCCGAGGAGGAAUGCCCACCCGGCCCCUCCCCUGUUGGGUUUAUGUUGGCACGGUCACAGUCCGCGCCUUUGGGGGGGGGGGUACUGUCACGCCCUGGCUCUAGGGACUCUUGUAUGUUGAGCCAGGGUGUUAGUUUCUUUGUGUAGUGUCUAUGUUUCGUUUUCUAUGUUCUGUUCUAGGUUAUGUGUUUCUAUGUUGGCCGGGGUGGUUCUCAAUCAGAGGCAACGAGAAUCAGCUGUUGCUUGUUGUCUCUGAUUGGGAACCAUACUUAGGCAGCCUGUUGUCCACUUGUGUUUUGUGGGAUCUUGUUCCGUGUAGGUUUGUGUAUGACCGAGGACUUCACGUAUCGUUUGUUGUUUUUGUUAUUUGUAUCGUGUUGCUAAGUACACUAUUAAAGAGAUGUACGCAUAUCACGCUGCGCCUUGGUCCAAUCAUUAUGACGAUCGUGACACCGAAGCCACUCCUGCAUUGUCUUGGCUGUGUGCUUAGGGUCGUUGUCCUGUUGGAAGGUGAACCUUCGCCCCAGUCUGAGGUGGAGGUCUACAAUUUCUUUUCUGAGGUCUUGGCUGAUUUCUUUAGAUUUUCCCAUGAUGUCAAGCAAAGAGAUUCACUGAGUUUGAAGGUAGGCCUUGAAAUACAUCCACAGGUACACCUCCAGUUGACUCAAAUGAUGUCAAUUAGCCUAUCGGAAGCUUCUAAAGCCAUAACAUCAUUUUCUGGAAUUUUCCAAGCUAUUUAAAGGCAACUUAGUGUAUGUAAACUUCUGACCCACUGGAAUUGUUAUAAAGUUAAUUAUAAGUGAAAUAAUAUGCCUGUAAACAAUUGUUGGAAAAAUUACUUGUGUCAUGCACAAAGUAGAUGUCCUAACCGACUUGCCAAAACUAUAGUUUGUUAACAAGAAAUUUGUGGAGUGGUUGAAAAACGAGUAUUAAUGACUCCAACCUAAGUGUAUGUAAACUUCCGACUUCAACUGUAAGCUUAUUAUCAUCAUUCAUUAUCUGUAUUACCUUAGUUAUAUUGCAGUUUUUGUGAUGUGAUAAGCUUGUGAUAGGUGUGUGUGUGUACACCUCACUGUUUGGGUUAGCCUGGUGCAGUGUGAGUAUGUGUUGUGCUAAUAAACUUACUGUGCUGCAGUCAGUCUCUCUCGCUCUCUCCCCUGGAGGAAGUUGUCACAUCAAUGGUUAUAAAGGAAGGCCUAUGACCUGCCCCUGACUCGCCUCAAAGGCAGAGAGAGCGCUUGUCAAAUUGAUUGAUGGUUGAAUCUUCUAAUAAAUGAUGCCUGGGCUGCACCCAACCUCUGACCUGUGGGUUUGUCUCACUCAUUGGUUUUAAUAAGCACACACACACACACACUCUCUCUCUCUCUGCUACUACAUCUCUUAUCUCUCCUGAUCUCUCUCUCUCUCUCUCUCUCUCUCUCUCUCUCUCUCUCUCUCUCUCUCUCUCUCUCUCUCUCUCUCUCUCUCUCUCUCACUGUCCACAAAGAGUGAUGGAUUUGUUAUACAGUAGCAGGGAUUGAGUGAGAUUUUCUAAGCAAACUCAGGUAUUUGGAGGCACAAUCCCAAAGUAAACAUGCUACUGUAGUUUUAGUAGAGCUAGCAGAAAGAGCUCCAGCUAAACAUAUUACACUCAUAAAACCAUCCAAACAACUGCACCACACAUAGACAGAUUGGUGCACACUGAGACGUUUUUCAGUAAUUGUCUCCUAAAUGCAAUUAUGUCCCUCCCUGACAUGCCCUCUCGGAGGAAGGGAAGAGUCCUCCUCUCCUCAAUGAUACCCCUGUCAUCCCCCCUUUCAAUGAGUCAGGCUGGAGAGAGCCCAUUGAUUGGUUCAGCCGACUGCACAGCAUCGUGAUGUCAUCAGAGUGAGUCAGAGUCACCACACUACAUGCUUGGCGAACGUCUCAUUCCAAAAUCAUGGGCAUUAAUAUGGAGUUGGUCCCCCCUUUGCUGCUAUAACAGCCUCUACUCUUCUGGGAAGGCUUUCCACUAGAAGUUGGAACAUUGCUGCGGGGACUGUGCAGGUGUUUGAUGGGGUUGAGGUCAGGGCUCUGUGCAGGCAAGUCAAGUUCUUCCACACUGAUCUCGACAAACCAUUUCUGUAUGGACCUCGCUUUGUGCACAGGGGCAUUGUCAUGCUGAAACAGGAUAGGGCCUUCCCAAACUGUUGCCACAAAGUUGGAAGCACAGAAUCGUCUAGAAUGUCGUUGUAUGCUGUAGCGUUAACUUUUCCCCUGGAACUAAGAGACCGAACCAUGAAAAACAGCCCCAGACCAUUAUUCCUCCUCCACCAAACUUUACAGUUGGCACUAUGCAUUGGGGCAGGUAGCGUUCUCCUUGCAUCCGCCAAACCCAGAUUCGUCCGUCGGACUGCCAGAUGGUGAGGCGUGAUUCAUCACUCCAGAGAACUCGUUUCCACUGCUCCAGAGUCCAAUGGCGGUGAGCUUUACACCACUCCAGCCGACGCUUGGCAUUGCGCAUGGUGAUCUUAUUCUUGGCAUCCUAUGACGGUGCCACGUUGAAAGUCACAGAACUCUUCAGUAAGGCCAUUAUACUGCCAAUGUUUGUCUAUGGGGAUCGCAUGGUUGUGUGCUCGAUUGUAUAUACCUGUCAGCAACGGGUGUGGCUGAAAUAGCCAAAUUCACUAAUUUGAAGGGGUUUCCACAUACUUUUGUAUAUAUAGUGUAUCUCCCCCAGAGUCUUCCGCAACCAUCAGGCAGGCCAUUCCUGAGAGAUCACCCCUGAGGCAACGACCUGGAAAAAGGUCACUCUCAUGUCUGUGGACCCUGCCAGCUCUUCUGAAGGGUUAAGAUUCUCCUCAAGGCUGUUAUGUCUUUAAUGACUGCCUGGCAUUUUUUUAUGCCUGACUCAAAAUGAAUUAAUUUUUGUUGCCUGACUAAAAAUGAUUAAAAACAAAAGUCAUCGUGGGAUGCAGUGUGGCAGACAUCAACCCAGAGAUGUAGAAUAACUAGAUAGACUAACCGUCAGGCCCCUGUAGCAUAUCUCUCUGUCAAUGCCUAUUUAGUUAGUCUCUCUUGAAAUAGAAAGUAUUACAGUACAAUAACUCACUCCUGUACAGAAAUACUUCAGAGAGAGAGGGAUGAUGGUGAUUUUCAGAGGAAAUAUGAGAAAUGAAAGUGAACAGGACUAAUUUAAAAUGAGACGCCAACACCCGCCUCCUACUUGGCUUUGAACCUUAUGGAAAUCUCGCUACCAUGGGAAACUGAGAGAAGAGAAUAAAUGUUAUUUCAAUGUUUCUACAUUUCUCUCAAUGUCCUCAGUUAUUAGGCCAUCUGCUUACUCAUAUGAUAAUAACUGUUAGUAUAUAUAUUAUGAUGUAUUUCCAGUGAGCAAUUAGAUUGAGACAUACUUAAACAAAUCAGUAGUGAUGAUGAAUCCAUACUAUUAGCACCACUGCUAGUUAUAAUAAUAAUAAUAUGCCACUUAGCAGACGCUUUUAUCCAAAGCGACUUACAGUCAUGUUGUGGUAUUUAGGAUGUAUUUAGCGAAUGAGAAAUGAAGUCAAGAUACACAAAGUUACUGUAGACUGACUUUGGGUGGGUGCUUCCCUUAUGAUUGUCCUACUAUUUACACACACACACACACACACACACACCAGACACACUCAACACUUUUAGUUGUGUGUACAGUAGGUACCUACUUUAAGAGAGGGGCUGCUGUUGUUAGCAUAAUCAGCUGAGCUAUAGGCCCAGGCCUAGACCCCCUCUGUCUUGGGCGUCUGAACUCUGAGAGGGGCUCAUUAGUUGUUGCCACGGCAAUGAAUAAAAUAUGUUAUUAUGGAGAUGUGAUGGGCCCCCCUAAGGAGAGGAGGAGUGUCUGGGCCUGAGCAGUGAAUUAAUAAACACUCGUUGUUUUCCCUUCUCACUCAGCUCCACAACGUGGGCUGGCUGGGCCCAUUAUAACUCUAUAAGGUUUCACUAAUUUUCUCUUCAUUCACUUUAAUUUAAAGAGAUUCUCUGGUACUUUUGUAUACUUUUUAGCCAUUAGUUCUAAAAGUAGUGCUCACGAUCCAGAAGUGGACCCCAAAAAUGACAUACUAUGUGCAGAUACACUAUAUAUACAAAAGUAUGUGGACACCCCUUCAAAUAAGUGGAUAAGGCUAUUUCAGCCAAACCCGUUGCUGACAGGUGUAUACAAUCAAGGACACAGCCAUGCAAUCUCCAUAGACAAACAUUGGUAGUAGAAUGACCUUACUGAAGAGCUCAGUGACAUUCAACGUGGCACUGUCAUAGGAUGCCACCUUUCCAACAAGUCAGUUCGUCAGAUUUCUGCCCUGCUAGAGCUUCCCCGGUCAACUGUAAGUGCUGUUAUUGUGAAGUGGAAACGUCAAGGAGCAACAACGGCUCAGCCGCGAAGUGGUAGGCCACACAAGCUCACAGCACGGGACCUAGGCCCCUUAGUUCCAGUGAAGGGAAAUCUUAACGCUACAGCAUACAAUUACAUUCUAGAUGAUUCUGUGCUUCCAACAGUUUGGGGAAGGCCCUUUCCUGUUUCAGCAUGACAAUGGCCCCGUGCACAAAGCGAGGUCCAUACAGAAAUGGUUUGUCGAGAUCGGUGUGGAAGAACUUGACUGGCCUGCACAGAGCCCUGACCUCAACCCCAUCGAACACCAUUGGAACACCGACUGCGAACCAGCCCUAAUCGCCCAACAUCAGUGCCCGACCUCACUAAUGCUAUUGUGGCUGAAUGGAAGCAAGUCCCUGCAGCAAUGUUCCAACAUCUAGUGGAAAGCCUUCCCAGAAGAGUGGAGGCUGUUAUAGCAGCAAAGGGGGUCCAACUCCAUAUUAAUGCCCAGGAUUUCGGAAUGAGAUGUUUGGUCAUGUAGUGUACUUUUGGUCAUGUAGUGUAUAAUAUAAUAAUAUGCCAUUUAGCAGACGCUUUUAUCCAAAGCAAUUUUUACGUAUGGGUCCCGGGGAUCGAACCCACUACCCUGGUGUUACAAGCGCCAUGCUCUACCAAUUGAGCUACAGAGGACCACUUUGGUGUAUGUGCACCACAUCAUUGCUCUAUCUCUCGCUCUGCUGUGUGUGCAUCUUGCUAGCUGUCACUCAAUGGUGAGGGGCUCAAGAUCAUUGGCUAGCACUCUAAUUGCUAGGGGGCUGGCCCACGUGGGGGAAAAUGUAGGGAAAAUGGCGCCGCACAGCUUUUAGUAAACAGUCGCUUUCAAACUAGGGAUUUCGUUGUUAAUUGAGGUAAGACAGUAAUUCUGCUCAUAGAUUAUGCAUGUAUGAACUACGCAUUGACACAUCCAGCCCAAAGCGGGAGGUUUAAAAAAUACUUACUAGUCGCCAAAGUUCCAGAGCAUGUCUCAGGCUUUUGCCUUGCCAAACUUACAGGGUUAGAGGAUGGAUGAAGAUUAGCUAAACAACAGAAAAAUAUUAGAUUCAACGUUCAAUGGAUUGAUCUUCUUCAGGUGAAAUAGGUGGUCACACAUCUGUUCUCAGGCAUGUAGUUGAUCCAAACGUCCAAAGCGUACAUACUCUUGUCAAAUAAAAUGCUUUAUAUGAUCUUCUCUUUUAACACUCUCAAUUAUGGAAGCAGAAAAAGCCUAUUGUAUAAGAGCCAAAGAAGCAGAGCCAAACACAGCACAGACAUGGUAAUGAAGUCCACAGCACAGACCCCUGGGUAAUGGAGUCCAUCAGUUUGUCUGGACCCCUGUAGUUCCCCAGAGACUCUUACUGACAUCUGCUGCUUCCACUACCUGUGCAGUGGCCAUGGAAACAGGAGUUUCAGGCUCAUUUACCCCCCAUUAACACACACACACGGUACUUUCUCGCAUUCUGUAAUUAAUUUCAGCAUUUAUGCAUGUGUUGGACUUAUUAUCUCUCUCCUAUGUCUUUUGUUACUAAAUUGUUUCACACACACACACACACACACACACACACAUUUAUUUUACUAUCCUUGUGGGGACCAAACAGCUGAUUCCCAUUCAAAAUCAUAUUUCCCCUAAACCUAACACUUAACCUUACCUUAACCCCUAAACCUAACCCCUAACCCUAAUUCUAACCCUAAUUCUAACCCUAACCCUAAAUCUAACCCCUAAGCUUAAAAUAGCCUUUUUCUAUGUGGGGACCUGGCGAAAUGUCCCCACUUGUCCAAAGUUGUGUGCCUUUUGAGGAAUUCUGGUCCCCACAAGGAUAGUAAAACCAAACACACAAUCACAUACACACAAUCACACACAGAGAUAAGCCCCAUACCUGAGGGUGCAUAAUGUCUGGCCCUUAUCCCAUCUGAGACUAAAGUACAUUCUCCUCAUAGUCUCCCAUUAAGGCAGUAGUCAGAUCCCUCGCUAUUGUAGCUUACCCCUCCCCUCUCACUAUCUCUCUUUCCAAGGACCCCAGGCUGUGCUCUGAAAUAGCUGGGUACAGAUAGCUUUAGUUCAGCUUAGUGAACCAGACCCAGGAGAGGUACUGCCUGGCCCAGCCAUGGCCUUCUCUACCAUGCCCUGCUCCACUCUCCCCCUCCUCCACUCUUUCUCUCAUCUGUCCUGUAGCCUGAGGGUUAGCUAUGCCUCCUGCCAUGACUCUCCUCUGUCUGGGCCACUUUUAGAUACCAACCUACAUCCCAUGGGAAACCCUGACUGCCAGAGUUAUUUUAGGUUCCUUGGUUAGGCAAGACGGCCCAAAGAUUUUUCCUUGGCCGCAUGUUGAAUGUUUUUACUCUAUAAUGAGGUUGGGUUGGCCUGGAAGAAUGUGAGAACAAUGGCUUCUUUAAAGAUGAAGCUGUAUCUUGUAUUUUACACCUGUCACGCCCUGACUCAGGGGACUCGUAUAUGUUGAGUCAGGGUGUGUAUAUUCUUUGUUAUGUAGUAUUUUCAAUGUGGGAUCUAGUGUGUAUGGUUCUAUGUUGGCCGGUGUGGUUCCCAAUCAGAGGCAGCUGUCGCUCGUUGUCUCUGAUUGGGGACCAUACUUAGGCAGCCUAUUGCCACUAUUGAGUUGUGGGAUCUUGUUCCGGGUAAGGUUUGUUGUAUGUACAACCUUAGGACUUCACUGUUCGUUUGUUUGUUGUUUUGUCGUGUGUUUAUUCAGUGUAAAUAAACAUGUACGGAUAUCACGCUGCGCCUUGGUCUGUCCCGUCAUUGAACGAACGUGACAGAAGAUCCCACCAAACGAGGACCAAGCAACGUGCCCAGGCGGAGCGAAUAGCCAUGUCACAGGUGGGCAAUUUGUGGUCAUGGGAAGAGAUAUUUGCGGGGAGAGGACCAUGGGCUAAGGUAGAUGCCCAGGCAGGAGAGGUGCAACGGCAACACGGAGGAGGCCGGUCGAGGAGGAAGCCCGAGAAGCAGCCCCAAUAAUUUUUUUUUGGGUGGGGGGGCACACAGGGUGGUUGGCGGAGCCUAGUGUCAGAGCAGAGCCAACUCCUCGUACUCACGUGAGGAAGCGUAUGACUGGGCAGGCUCUGGGUUAUGCGGAGCUACGUACUGUGUCACCAGUGCGCCGGCACAGUCCUGUAUGUCCUGUGCUUGCACCACGCACGUGCCGUGCGAAGAUGGGCACCCAGCCAGGACGGGGUGUGCCGGCUCAACGCUCCUGGUCUCCAGUACGCCUCCUCGGUCCCGCAUAUCCUGUGCCAGUUCUACGAACUGUAUCGCCAGUGCGUGUGCACAGCCCAGUGCAUCCUGUGCUGAUGCCUCACACAUACUGUGCGGAAGUAGGCAUCUAGCCAGGACGGGUUGUGCCAGCUCUCCACUCCAGACCUCCAGUCCGCCUCCACAGUCCGGCCCGGCCUGUUCCUGCUCCUCGCACCAAGCCAGUGGUGCGCGUCGCCAGCCCGGCCUGUUCCUGCUCCUCGCACCAAGCCAGUGGUGCGCGUCGCCAGCCCGGCCUGUUCCUGCUCCUCGCACCAAGCCAGUGGUGCGCGUCGCCAGCCCGGCCCGGCCUGUUCCUGCUCCUCGCACCAAGCCAGUGGUGCGCGUCGCCAGCCCGGCCCGGCCUGUUCCUGCUUCUCGCACCAAGCCAGUGGUGCGUGUCACCAGUCUGGCCCGGCCCGUUCCUGCCCCUCGCACCAUGCCAGUGGUGCGUGUUCCUAGUCAGGUCCGGCCCGUGCCUGCUCCUCACACCAGACCAGUGGUGCGUUUGUCGAGUCCGGCACAGCCCGUGCCCGUUCCACCGGUGCCUGGUCCAGUUCCGGUCAGCUGUUCUACUCCGGAGCCAGAGCAGUCCGCUCCACUGGUGCCUGAUCCAGCUCCGGUCAGCUGCUCCACUCCAGAGCAGUCCGCUCCACCGGUGCCUGAUCCAGCUCCGGUCAGCGGCUCCAGUCCAGACCAUGACGUCAGCCCCUCUCCAGGUUCGGGGUCUCCCACACCAGGGUCCAGACAGGGCCUGGCGUAUCGUGGGAGGAAGGAGAGGGGAAGCAGCGCGUCGAGGUCCAGACCAGACCAGGGGCGCAACAGGGAGGCGGAGAGUGAGAGGUCAUCACGCCCCGAGCCGGAUCCGUCUCCGAGGCGGAAUGCCCACCCGGCACCUACCCUGUUAUGUUUCUGUUGUGCGGUCGGAGUCCGCACCUUUGGGGGGGGGGGGGGGGGUACUGUCACGCCCUGACUCAGGGGACUCGUAUAUGUUGAGUCAGGGUGUGUAUAUUCUUUGUUAUGUAGUAUUUUCUAUGUGGGAUCUAGUGUGUAUGGUUCUAUGUUGGCCGGUGUGGUUCCCAAUCAGAGGCAGCUGUCGCUCGUUGUCUCUGAUUGGGGACCAUACUUAGGCAGCCUAUUGGCACUAUUGAGUUGUGGGAUCUUGUUCCGGGUAAGGUUCGUUGUAUGUACAACCUUCACGGUUCGGUUGUUGUUUUGUCAUGUGUUUAUUCAGUGUAAAUAAACAUGUACGUAUAUCACGCUGCGCCUUGGUCUGUCCCGUCAUUGAACGAACGUGACAACACCCCAGCUUUUAUAAACUAUUGCUCCUCUAUCUUCCCACUACAUUGUUGUCAUUCAGACUCAAACUAAUGGUCAUGCCUGGUUUGCAUUGUCUCAGUCUGUACAGUACUUGUAUGUGCACUUUUGUCAUUGUUGUUUCCUAUGUGUUCGUUGCAGACGGAGUUGGACUUAGAGAAAGGCCUGGAGAUGAGGAAGUGGGUUCUAUCUGGGAUCCUGGCCAGCGAGGAAACCUACCUCAGCCACCUGGAAGCAUUGCUACUGGUAAGAGGCUGGAACACACACACACACACACACACACACACACACACACACACACACACACACACACACACACACACACACACACACACACACACACUAUACAAACUCUCUAUCUCUCUCCCUACUGUUCUCUCAGCCUAUGAAGCCUCUGAAGGCAGCAGCCACCACAUCCCAGCCGGUGCUGACCAUCCCUCAGAUUGAGACCAUCUUCUUCAAGGUGCCUGAGCUCUACGAGGUCCACAAGGAGUUCUACGAUGGCCUGCUCCCCCGGGUGCAGCAGUGGAGCCACCACCAGCGCGUGGGGGACCUCUUUCAGAAACAGGUAAGGUCAUAAGACAGAUCCUUGGGGUGUGCCCAUGCCCUGUGUCUGUAGAAGCCUGACAGCUACAUGGCUACAUGGCAACAUGACAUCAUGAGCCUUAUUGAGAACGAUACAGGACCUGAAUGUAUUAUACAGUCUGCCUGUGUUUCCGUGUAGCACAGCUCACUGCAGCAACCUUGCUCUGAAUGGUAGCCUUCAAAUGUCCGAUCUGAUCAAAAUGUAUAAUCAAAAUGGUAAAUUAAAUCACUUUGAUCAACCUCAUGAGGUGCAAACUCUAUGGGGACAGAUGGAAUUAUCCACCCAGCCCCCCUCACCCAAGAACUUCUGCCAUGGAGGCCGGAACCAAACCUAUACUGACUGGGUCCAUUUCAUCAUGUUAACAAUGGGUCAAUUAACUCUGAAUGAAUCACUCUAAUACUCAUGCAGUCACUGCAGUAGAGCCGGAGCCGGGCCUGUGAUGAGUACUGUGUGUAAGAGGACAGUGCACAGGGAGAAGGAGAGUGUCACCAUGCUGUCUUUUCUGCUGAGACUAAUGCUACACUGUGUGCUUUGUGUCUCUAAGAAGCAGCCUAUAAAUAGUGCCAUACACCGAGCGAUGGGAGGCUUUUAUCUCUCUCUUCCCUACUAUUAACAUCAGAAAGCUUGCUCUCCCCAGAAGCCUGAAGAAGGAAAGGUUGCUGGUUCGAAUCCCGGAGCCGAUUCGGUGAAAUAAAUCUGCCGAUGUGCCCUUGAGCAAGGCACUUAACCCUAACUGCUCCUGUAAGUCGCUCUGGACAAGAACGUCUGCUAAAUGACCAAAACAAUUUUUAAAAAUGUAAAAGGAGUUUUUUUAUUUGUCUGUUUAUAUUGUCAGGGCGGAACAUGCCGGAAUCCUUUUCCGCAUUUUAUUUAUUAAUUGUUAGUUUUUUUUUCUCCUCUGUCUUUCUCUUGUCUGUGUCUACUAUGUGAUAAUCAGUGGCAUCAACCGCUGCGUUUUGCAUCUCCCAGGAGACAAGCGUUGAGAGAGGAGCAAUUUGGAUGAAUGGAUAGUAGGCUAUAACAGAGGAGCAGUUCGUUAGUUCUUCAUCUCUCUCUCUCUCUCUCUAUCCCUCUCUCUUUUUCUCUCUCGCUCUCUCUCUCUCAAUCUCUCCCUCAUAGCAGAGGACAUCAUUCCUGCUCCUCUCCUCUCCUCUCUCAACAGAUGUCAGUCAGGGGGAGAAGACGCCGACUCGGCAGAAAAAGUCUCCCUACAUGACAGCCAUUUAGGGAUGGAGGAGGGGAGCGAGAGAGGGAUGAGAAGAGAGUCUCUCUGAUAGAGCUUUCUCCCCCUGUCUCUAAAGUCUCUGUGUAGCAGACAGGCAGCCAGAGGAGUAGGAACAGCACAUCACUAUCAGAAAGAAGGGAAGAAAACUCCUGUAAAGCCCCAAAAUGGGGCUAAAUAAUAUACAGUAGUGUUUUCCUCUCAUUGUCCACUCACUCACUGCUGUUUCUCAUGUAGGCCUACUGAUACACCAUGAAGACUGACAUUUCUUUGUUUAGGAUAGAUGGAUAACAAUGGUGUAUUUUAUGAGUAAUUUACACAAAUGAUACAGUAUGUACACAGACAUGCAUCAACAUACAGUACUGUACAUGCUAUGUGUAUUGUCAGGUUACAUUCUUGUGCUGUUGAUGACUUCUUCCUCCCUGUGCGUGCUAGAUAAGAAAAUCAUCCCAACCAUGCGGUUACACUCAUCAUCUUCCAUCACCAUGCAUUCAGCCAGCAACUGUGUGUCCCGAGCGGCUCCAGUGGCUCCCGCUGUGUUGUCUGCAGCUCUAUUACCGCCAUUCCGGCUCCUCCCCGCCCAUAGUGGGAUUGUCACGCUCUGAAUUCCUGUCCACUGUGGUGCAGAUUGAUUUUGGCCCGAGGCAGGACUCAGACGCAGUGGGGAUAGGAUUGCUUGGUGCGCUGAAAAUUGCUUUACCCCAUAACUUCCAGCAUCUCCUGGAAAAACGUGGGUUUCUUUCGCAGAGGGUCUAAAUCGAUUGUCUCUUUGUGUCGGCAGCGGACAUGAAAUGCUGUAGAGGUCAGGGGUCACACCAGGGGGAUAAUGUGUAUGUGAGGGAAUGGGAUGAGCUCAUAGGUGAUGCUAGAGAGAGGAGAGGGUUUUUAGGAACAGGAUCUGGCAGCCCAUCGACAUACAAUGCACUGUAAAAAUGUAUUAUCAGAUGCAAAUGGACCUGUGCUAAGGGGAUUCAGAUAAGCCGUGUUCUUGUAGGCUUUUCUCCAGCGUCAACUUAGCUGCAUGUGUGUGAAACAUCUCUGCGUUUGCCUCAGUUGCCCCCUCUCUCACCAUCACACACUCUACCCCAUAGAAACCCUGGCAAUUUGACUGGUAAACACAUUGGUACACUCGCAAUGGCUGCCUGGUAUUGUGAUGCAAUAAUUUUCAUGGUAAUGUGGCUCAUGGAAUGUAUUAUUUUUAAUGUAAUUUGAGUUGAUUCAAUAAAUCACAGCACAGAUUGAUGGGUACACUUCCUGCUUUGCUCCUAUGGGUACACUCGCAAUUGCCGCCAGUCCACCCAUUAUGCUAUCAUUGACUUGAAUAGGGACGCCCGUUCUAUUCUCUCCCCUCUUUAUCCCCUGUUCUCACACUUAUAUUCUGGAGAACGGAUUGGGCUGUUGAGCACUAGGGAGAUUAAUAGUGUCACUGGCGGGCAGGGUUUCAAGGAGUUCAAAAUGUGCUUUUACAGCAACCGUUACCACAGACGUUAAUUAACAUUUUUACAUUUUAGUCAUUUAGCAGACACUCUUAUCCAGAGCGACUUACAGUUAGUGAGUGCAUUAUUUUUUUUCAUACUGGCCGCCCGUGGGAAUCGAACCCACAACCCUGGCGUUGCAAGCGCCAUGCUCUACCAACUGAGCUACAGAGGAGGCCCAAUUACUCACCCCGCAGGCCUCCACUCCAGCAGGUUAGCGUUUUUCGUCAUGAAUAUUGUUCUGGAGGCAGCUCUGCAGAGUGGUCACUAGCUGGCACAGCCACAAAGUCAUAAAAUCAGAUUUUAAACCUAACCUUAACCCUAACCUUAACCACACUACUAACCCUAAUGCCUAACCCUAACCUUAACCACACUACUAACCCAAAUGCCUAACCCUAAUGUUACGAACCCCGUGGCUUUAAACGUCUAGGGUGGAUGGAUAAGAGACCCGUAACAUAAUUCAUGCAAAUUAGAAUCGUGACAUGGAACAGUGAGAACAAAAACUACACGACAACCAUAAACUACCGUCAAACAUAAAAGGUUUAUUUUUGAACACACGGUAAAGGUUUGGGAAAAAGGGCUGAGCAGGACCCAAGAAAUGAAACAAUAGUGUAAAACACCCCUAAACUGAUCUUGCCUGCAUUAAGAACCGCUAAGCUACUGCUAAUCAUACAAUAAUACAGUGGGUGGUCCGCUCAGGUCUAACUAGUGUUUUUAGACAGUUUUCUUCCUACGGGUAAUGUAUGCCCAAGGGCAACUUGCUUAAAUUCCCCUUUUCCCAGAAACACACAAAUGAAGACCAGAAAGCACAUUUUUGUUUUCAUGAAUUUUUACAAUAUAGGCAAUUUUGACUUUGCAGCUGGCCAUCUAGCGGAAGUUGCUUAGUUCUGCCUCAAGAACAAGACUCAUUCCAAUAAACGUCAAACUGCUCCUCUCUGCCUCUACCACUACCAUGGCAAAAGCCAUAGGCCGGAAAUGCGCCACGGAAACGCUGGUGCUUCCUGUGGCGAGGAUGACACUGCCCCGUCUGUCGAACUGUGUCACCAAGUCUGUGUUUCUGUUUCUCCUUCCCUCGUUAUGGUGAACUCUGUUGUUGCACUGCCCAGGGGUUGUAGCUGUCAUUUCUCAUGUUGUGAUUAUGCCAACAUAUCCUUAUUUUCCCCCAAAACAGCAAUUCAAAAAGAAGGCCUACUUUGGUAAAUAUGGGCUAUGGGACGUGGUGACAGUGUUUUAAUGUGACCUGUAUUUUGUCCCCUCUCUCUCCCUGUUCGUCUGACAGGCCAGCCAGCUUGGAGUGUACCGGGCCUUUGUGGACAACUAUGAGGUUGCCGUGGAGACGGCGGAGAAGUGCUGCCAGGCAAACACGCAGUUCGCUGAAAUCUCUGAGGUAAUUGGAACUGGCACGGAGGUAGAGGGGGAGGAGGGAGGGAGGGGUGAUGACUACUGGUCUGGAUGGGUUUUGUCCUUUCAUCUUGACUAUGGGGGCCAGGGGGUACACCUCUUGUUUUGGUCAUGGGAGAUGAUGACUUGCUGUGGAACAAUGCAGAGGGUGAGGGUGUGGUGGUUCAUAUUUUGUGUUGGGUUUCUGGUUGCGUUGUGAGCCCCCGGCGGCUUGUGAUAGAGACCCUGAAGUAGGGAAAUGCACUCCAUCUUACCUAUGUGCAGAUGAAGCAUGACAGGCUAAUAUAUUCAUUAAUCAUCCCCCAAAACAGUGCUUUACAGUUAGCCUGAAGGGCCCAGCCAUGCUAGUGGCAGAACGUCUCUCUCAGAUAGGAAGUGGAAUUACUUGAACAAAGAAGCAUAAUGCCAGGGCAAGGACACUAAACAUGCCCGUGGUGCUGUCUCAUUUUGGGAGAAACUGUUUAGACAACGAUGUACGAAGCUGGGGUUACACUUGGUGUAAUGCUUCAUUACUUGUCAGACUACAGGGGUGAAUGGGUUAAACAAUCAAAUCAAAAUUUGACUAAGAUCUCUUGACUAGCAGGGUUUUUGAGGGCUUAUUUUGGACUAAUAUUCAAAGUCCUUGUGUAGCCACGAUCGCUGAUACGUCAAAUCUUGUGCCAAAGCUACCGGUGAACAUUAAGGAUGGUGCCUGGAUUUGAGGCAGAGAAUCAAUCACUCAGUGUUCUUAAUGGGAAAUGUAACGAUGCAUGUCUCUCUGCCAUCUGAAUGUGAUGGUGGGAAAAAUGCUGAUGCGGGCUUGAAUUAGGAAUUAGGCUGAGGUGAGUGUGUCUGUCCUCAGUGCUGGUGGCCUCUCUGUGUCCCAAAUGGCACACAAUUCCAUUUAUAGUGCAUUACUUUUGACCAAGCCAAGGGCCAGGCUAUUAUUAUUAUUUGCCAGCACCACAAUGGUUGUACAUGUAUGAAGCAUGUUGAUUAGUUUCAGGUUUUCCCCUGUGUAAUGUUGUCCACUGUUCACUCAUUCUGUAUCCCUACAGAACCUCAAGGUGAGGAGCACCAAGGACUUGAAGGACCAGUCAGCCAAGAACUCUCUGGAGAGUAAGUAGCCAACAGCAUUACUGAACAUGGGUGUAUUCAGGCUGGCUAGCGAGGCUAGUAUUCACUAGGAUCCUACAGCAAGAAAAUAGGCCGAAACGAGGAAGGACCUACCUGUUGCAAAGCAUUUCGGUACGGUGCAGAAUGUUUUGCUACGGUGUGCACUAAUGAAUACACCCCAUGAAAUCACUACCACAGGCUGGUGCACAUUUUUUGGAACAGCACUUACAGUAUUUGACUGGGGUCAUGUCAUAAUGCUCUGACUUAGGUGGAGUGGUUGUAAUAUAAUUAAUGCUGCUGUCUCUCCUUUCUCUCUUUAAGCUCUCCUGUACAAACCAGUGGACAGAGUGACACGAAGCACCCUGGUUCUGCAUGUGAGUACAAGCCAGCAGCAAAGCACACAGUUUGCCUUUUGUUCAUUUUCCUGCUCUUUUUUAUGUACCGGUAACUCUGUGAACCUCACACCACAUGAUUUUUAAAUACUGUCUUGGUUUUAACUGCCAAUCCCAAUACUUUAACACAGGCUCUGCUGUAAGACACUGUAACUCUGUGUCUCUGGGUGGGUGUGCCUUUCCACUCUGCAGGACUUGCUGAAGCACACGCCCUGCAGCCACCCGGACCACCCCCUGCUCCAGGACGCGCUCCGCAUCUCCCAGAACUUCCUGUCCAGCAUCAACGAGGAGACCACGCCCAGACGCCAGUCCAUGACCGUCAAGAAGGGAGAGGUGAGGCGCAGUGCUGAUCUAGGAGCAGUCUUUCCUUUUAGGUCAUAAUGAAUAAGAUGACAUGGACAGGUGGGGACCUGAUCCUAGAUCAGCACUCCCACUCUGAGAUGAUUUAUGAAUACAGGCUCUGCUGUAUCUCUGUUGUUGAAUGUUCUUAAGCAGAUAGACUCUGGUAGAUUGAACAUUGCCCUGCCCUCAUAACGACCUGGUAGUGAUUCCACUGAAGGGGGGCCGUAUGGGAUGACCUAAUAUGGUGUCAAACGCAAUAUAUGCCCAAAUAUGGCAAUAAUAAAAAGUCCCCUGCACAUGCCUAUUAGGAACCCCACUGUUUGCUCUCUGUGCUGGAUCUCCAUCCCUCAAACCCAACAUCUUCCCCCUAGAGACCACCCGGGUUGGAGUUGCACAUGAAUGGAUGUCAUUUGAUUGACAGCUGGCGUGACACCGGUGUUCAUAAUGCCCCAUAUCGAGCCUCUUAUCUCUGACUGGGGAGUACAUAUUAAUUAUUAAUGUUGAGGCUCCUCCCUGCCAUUACUGCACCCCAUCAUUACCCCCCCCCCCCCCCCCCCCCCCCCCCCACACACACCCUUAUCCUCAUGGGCCCCAUUCGCAGCUCUGUCUGCCCAGACCACACCGAUCAUCAAAUAUUGAUCAAGGAGUACAUCGAACCAAUGGGCCUCAUUAUAUUGUGCUUUAGCAGCUAGUGUGUGAGAAUAUGCCUAGGGUGUGUGUGUGUUUUACCCCACUAUGUUAAGAUAUACACAAAUAUAGCAUGUGGCUCCCUAAAUAGUGCACUACUUUUGACCAGGGCCCAUAAGGUUGUGCACUAUAUAAGGAAAUAGGGUGCCAUUUGGGACUCAUACAGUCGACUUGGGAUAUCUCCAGCUUUACAGGAAUGUCCAGUCACUAUAGGUCAGCUUUUUUUUGUGCUAUUUGAGCCUUUUAUACACAAUUAAUUGCUAUCAUUGGCUAUUCAGAAGAAUGCUAAAUCGACAAUACUUCCAGUGCAUCGGUCCAACACUCACUGAAAGCUGUUGAGGUCUAAAUAGCAGUGGUCCUGUGGUUAGCUCUGCUUUUGGACCGGCUCUUAGGUUGUCUUGACUUGAGUGUGUAACAGUGGUUAAGGAACUGAACCAUUCAAGUGUGGACUGAUAACCAGAUAUAGUAGAGCGGUUGUGGUCUGAGAGAAGAGGUUGUGAUGGCAGCGGUAGAUGACACUCAUCUGGAUCAGGGUUAGAGAACCUAAAGUGUGGUUUUGGAGUUGGGGUUAGGGUAGAGUUAGGACUGUAGGUUUAAAUGGGUUGCUGUCUGGAUCUGAGCCAUUGUGUGACAUUCCCUUUAAGAGGGUCCAAAAAUGUUGACAGGUUAAUUUAAAAAGAUUUUUAAAAAAAACAUGUUGAUAUAAAAGUAUUUCCAUUGUAAGUCUGAUAUGGAAAUGUAGUUGUACUGACUAAACUAACUGACACCUCCCGAGUGGCGUAGUGGUCUAAGGCUAGCUGUGCCACUAGAGAUCCUGGUUCGAAUCCAGGCUCUGUCGUAGCCGGCCGCGACCGGGAGACCCAUGGGGUGGCGCACAAUUGGCCCAGGGUAGGGGAGGGAAUGGCCGGCAGGGAUGUAGCUCAGUUGGUAGAGCAUGGCGUUUGAAACGCCAGGGUUGUGGGUUUGAUUCCCGGGACCACCCAUACGUUAAAAUGUAUGUGCACAUGACUGUAAGUCACUUUGGAUAAAAGCGUCUGCUAAAUGGCAUAUUAUUACUACAUCCCUUGUCUGAGUGGAGAGGUGUACUGUACCUAUAGGGUUGGUGUUGGAGAAAGAGGGGCCUUCCUACAUUUUACAUUUUAGUCAUUUAGCAGACACUGUUAUCCAGAGCGACUUACAGGAGCAAUUAGGGUUAAGUGCCUUGCUCAAGGGCUCAUCUACAGAUUUUUCACCCAGUCGGCUCUGGGAUUCAAACCAGCAACCUGACCUUUAGGUUACUGGCCCAACGCUCUUAACCGCUAGGCUACCUGCCGCCCCUCCCCAAUCACACAGUAGUGUCAUGCAGUAGAUUGUAACCUGUUGUGCUUUGUUCAGUGGAGGCGUGCAGGAGGAGAGCAGCACAUGUGUCACCCAGGGGCCCUGCCCAGCCAGAUGGGGGGGUGUAGAGGGGUGGGGCCAAAAAUAAGAUGCUUAAUUAAAAUGCAAAUGAGCCUGGUGGCCUCUGAAGCCUGACUCUCUCUCUCUCUCUCACUCUCUCUCUCUCUCUCUCUCUCUCUCUCUCUCAUACUCUCUCUCUCUCAUACACUCUCUCUGUCUCUCUCUCAUACACUCUCUCUGUCUCUCUCUCUCACACUCUCCUCUCUCUCUCUCUCGCUCUCUCUCUCUCUCUCUCUCUCAGCCAGUGAGGAAGUUAUCUAUCACAGACCAUCAUGGCUGCCUUCAUUAUCUAUCUAAUGAAUAAUUAGAGCUGCCAUUGGGAAUUAGUAAAUUAGCAGUGUCUCAUCUCCUUGGCAGGGAUAUCAGACUGAAUGUCAAUCAGGCUGAGGACUGGCACAGAGCAGGUGUCCUACCAUGCGUCUGUGGUGCCUGUGUGAUGUGUUGCUUUCUGGAUCUGAGCCAUUGUGUGACAUUCAUUUUAAGAGGGUCCACAUCAUAGAAUUAGGAAUUAGAAUACUAGAAUGGACAUGAACCUUCUUAUAAGGGGAUAAAGGUCAGCCAUGUUGGUCAGGGAGCCAGUGCUGUCACAAGAUAUUGUGUAAAAUAAUGAAUUUGAAUAAAUUAUCUGCACAGCAUUUUUGUUAGCUAGCUAGCCAGACAGUUUUAGACGAAUGUACUGCCAAUAUGCCAACAUUCCAUUCAAAUGCAGUCAAUCCACAGCCAUACGUUGGCUGAAAUCAGUUGAUGAUAGAUAGGACUUAGACAAGUUGUAAAUGCAAUAAGUACUGAUAAUGUACCAUAUAAUAGUAAUUUAAUAGGAUCUCUAUGGUCCACACAUACUGACUGGUACAGUAACGGCCCUGCAUUUUGCCGGGGGAGACCCUGUUAGGUGUGUGUGAGCGUGGAUGACUCACACACACAGAAGCAUAUUCUCCUCCUCACCGGUGUUAUGGCAGUGGUAAUGACUGAUCAUUCAGGAGAGGUGCCCACAGGGGGGGCUGUGGGGAGGGUGGCAGGUUGACAUUUAUUGGGAUGACUCAUGUACUAGAGGCAGCUCUGCAGAGUGGUCACUAGCUGGCACAGCCACAAAGUCAUAACAUCUGAUUUAAACCACACCCUAAUGCCUAACCCUAAAUUAAGACCAAAAAGCACAUAUUUGUUUUCAUGAAUCUGGAAACCGCUCAGUUCUGCAUCCUGGGCAAGACUCAUGACAAUAAACGUCAACCUGCGGGAGGGUGGGGGGAAGAGGGGGAGGGCUACGAUUGGCUGGGGCUGGCUGUGACAUCAUGCUUCGCAGGCCCUGCUGCCACGGUGAUGUGAGGCUGGGGGAUCGCUGGUGCGUGGCCUGUGCGGAGAGGGGUUGAGAGGGGGGAGACGAGGGAGGAGGGGGGUUGCUUGUGUACCUCUACCCCUCAGGUCUAGCAAUAUUAGACCAUUCAUUGUAGGGAGUGCAGUAAAUCUGUAAAUAGUUCUAUGUUUUACCUCUUCAGAAAUGCCCUGGGCAUAUGAUACGUAGUCAUGCCUCUGACUGUCCUCAAAUGAUCUACAGCAGGGCUGCCCAACCCUCUUCCUGAAGAUCUACCGUCCUGUGGGUUUUCAGUCCAACCCUAAUUUAACACACCUGAUUCUACUUAUUAGCUGCUCAACAAGACCUUAACUAGCUGAAUCAGAUAUGCUAAAUUAAGGUUGGACUGAAAACCUACAGGACAGUAGAUUUCCAGGAAGAGGGUUGGGCAGCCCUGAUCUACAGUAUGUGCUUUAAUCAAAUAUGACCUCCUUAUGUUAUGUUUAAGUAUGCUUUACUUAGAAUAUCCACCUCAGGUGCUGUAAACAUGCUGGACCUGUUCAGAAAUGUACCCCCUAUAGUCCUUCAUGAGGUUAGACAAGGACGUCAUAUAGAACAUUGUUCAGACAUUGGCCCUCUAUGCUGGUUCAUUUUAUACCCAGAGCUGUAAAUGUACAGCUGUGUGGAAAAACAACAUGACUGCCCCCUUCUGGUUCAUGGUGGCAUAACAGGCCACACAGUAUCUCAACCAAUGCAGAUUAGGAAGUUGAUGAUAUUGCUUGAUUAGCUGAUGUAUAGAUUUGUUCUGAUGACUGAUGAUGGCUGAUUCUGUGAUUCUGUAGAACCGCCAGCUGCUGAAGGACAGCUUCAUGGUGGAGCUGGUGGAGGGAGCCAGGAAGCUCCGCCAUGUUUUCCUCUUCACCGACCUGCUGCUCUGUGCCAAGCUGAAGAAACAGAUCGGAGGGUAAAAUAUUUUUCUGUUUAUAUUUCACUCUUUUUUUCUUGUUCUUUUAACAUAUUCCAGGAGUGUCUAUCACAGGAUGCUAGGAUUUCAUAUCUCCAUCUCUCUCUCUCUCUCUCUCUACCCCCCUCUCCCUUUCUCUUUACCCUCUCUCUCGUUCCCUCGUCUCUCCCCCUCUCUUUUUCUCUCUCUCUCUUUCUCUACCUUCCUUUAUCCCUUCCUCUCUGCAGGAAGAGUCAGCAGUAUGAUUCCAAAUGGUACAUCCCUCUGUCAGACCUGACCUUCCAGAACGCAGAUGACUCAGAGCCUCUGCCCAUCCCCCAGGUGCCUGACGAGGAGCUGGAUGCCAUGAAGGUCAAGAUCUCUCACAUCAAGAGUGAGAUCCAGAGAGAGAAGGUAUUUCACAUAUAGUGUAUAUGCACACACACACACGUAUGAAUGCACACACACACACACACAGUGAUACACCCACGUAUGCACACACACAUGCAUGCACAUACGAACACACAGAUACACUCUCACACACAUGCACUCUCACACACACAAGUCAGUAAAUGUAGUUGACAGGACUUUUGCAAAUGUGUUGUCUCUGUCUGUGACCUACAGAGAGCCAACAAAGGGUCAAAGGUGAUUGACAGGUUGAGGAAGAAGCUGUCGGAGCAGGAGUCUCUUCUGCUGCUCACCUCGCCCAGUAUGGCCCUCCGAGUACACAACAGGAACGGCAAGGUGAGCCCCCUGUCUUCCUCUGUAUCAUCAUCAACAACAAAUGAUCAUCAUCACUAUCACCCUCUUCAUCAUUACAAUCAUCAUCAACAACAGCAACAUUAUCAUCAUCAUCAUCAUCAUCUUUGAUAGGCUGUAUAUGAGUGUAUUGUAUCUAAGUGUGUGCUGUGUUUCAGGGUUACAUGUUCCUGAUGUCAUCAGACUAUGAGCGGGCCGAGUGGAAGGAGACGAUCCGGGAACAGCAGAAGAAAUGUAGGUGUCCCUCAGUAUUCUAAUGUUACUAAACUUGCUCUUCAGGAGCACUCUGUAAGCAAUGUGUGUUUGAGUAAGGAGCAGCCAUUGCAUCAGAUUAGAUGAAGAUGGACAAUAAUGUGACCUGAAUUCCAUGGUGUGUAGACCAGUGAACCAACCUUCUUGAUGCAUUGAAACCACUAAUAUUUGCUCACAUGCAUCGUUAACUCCCAUACUGUGUGGGUGACUGACCCUUGACCCUGUGGUUGUAUGGUCCCUGUCCCAGGCUUUAAGAGCUUCUCCCUGACCUCCAUGGAGCUACAGAUGUUGACCAACUCCUGUGUGAAGCUGCAGACCGUCCACCACAUCCCACUCACCAUCAACAAAGAAGGUCAAGGUACCAGAUGUUCCUCAAUGUUCUGCUCUGAGGUCUUCGGUCAGAUGCAUCAACUAUGUGGAGAAACAUUCUAUGCAAAGAAAAAUAAGAACAAAACAGAAGUUAUUGAUGUCAUAACAGUUUGCAGUUUGAACAUGUUUGUAGUUUUUGGUCUCUUUUUAGUUUAGUUUCUAGAGUGAAGAUAAUAUAGUUAUUUUGGGUUCUUUAUGGUUUCAUUCCCCAUUCCAAUGUGAACAUUUCAUUCCUAUCUAAUCCUUCAUCUCUCUUACCUGUGUGUAUUUCCAGAGGAUGAAUCGCCUGGCCUCCAUGGAUUCCUGAAUGUAAUCGUCCACUCUGCCUCCGGCCUCAAACAGAGCUUGAGUGAGUGACCCUCCCCCUCGAAGGGUCUUUAUAUUGUACAUAGUUUACAGGAGUAAUAACACAGGCAUUAGGCUACAUUCCAAAUGGCACCCUAUUCCCUUCAUAGUGCACUACUUAUGACCAGGGCCCAUAGGGCUAUAUAGGGAAUAGGGUGCCAUUUAGGACGACACAGCUGUCCUGUAGCACAGGGUCCUGUAGCACAGGCAUAAACAUUAAACACACCUGUUCUGGUAAAUGUCAUAUAAUUUGAUAGAGGUUACUGAUAGCACAGAAGUUUAAACAUAUGUUCAACAUAUAUUGAAUGUGAUUUUGUAAUAAUUUUGUUAUUACAUUGUUCUCAGCGACAUUACUAUGCGUAACUUUUAUGACAAUUAAUUUACAGAGGGUAUCACAGAGCUCACAUUGAGAAGUUUCCCUGAACAAAAUGGCAGAUUUUUUAUUCAUGUUGCUAGGAUGGCAAUGUCCAUUCUAGUGUUCUAUUUAAUUCUGUGGGGUAUCGUCAUAGAGACAACAACUAGUCCUAGUCUUUUGGGUGAAUCUAACUGUGACUGUAUCUCAUCUUCUCCUCUCAGAUCUGUACUGCACGUUAGAGGUGGACUCCUUUGGCUACUUUGCGAACAAAGCCAAGACGCGGGUGUAUCGCUACACCACAGAGCCCAAAUGGAACGAGGUAAGAACUUAUUACCCGACAUAUGCAGAGUACAGUAUCGGCAUUUUUUACUACCAAGGCCAUGACAUCUGGUGUUGUGGCGUAAGUGUCUUAAUGAGAAAGCCUAACAGCAGAGAGCCCAACUGCAGCAGAUGUUUCACAUCCAAGCACACACACACACACAGUCACUUAUUACCAGAGCUGAACACCGCAAACACAAAGUGCUUGUGCGUCAUGAGAGCUAUGAGAAUGCGCACGACAGCUUUGAGACAGAAUCAGCGAAUUUGUUCAUCUGCAGCAGAAAUGUUCCAUCAGACUCAAGGAACUGCUUCUGCUGCUUAAUUACUUUGCUCAGCAAAGUGGAAAGAGUGUUAGCUAAUGAGGAGCUUCUGAUGAUGACUCAUGUGUGUGGAAAUGUUAAUGGAAUGCGUUGCGGCCCCGAACCAUGUGGAAACCAUAUGCAGGGUGUUCUUUUACAUAAUUAACGGGAAUCUCCAUCAGCGGUCCAUUCUGCUAUUCACAAUGCGUUUACAUUUACAGCACGUAACUGCUAACGUAUACAGAUUAACCCUAUUGAGACUUUCAUGCCAAAGACUUAACUACCAAUGUAAAGAAUAACUGCAUCUCUUCUUCUGUCUGCUCCCUUAUCAGAGUCCCACAGUAGAUGGGCAUCAUCUUCACCAGUCCUGAAACCCCUCAUUCUUUACAUUGGUCCUUCGAGGAAUUACUGUAAAGCUACUUUAGGCUAUGUGGUUUUGGUAUGCAGAUAGGCCCCAUAAAUCUAUGUGGUUUCUGUGGCGUUCUCUCUCUCUCUCUCUCUCUCUCUCCACUCUCUUUCCUCCCUUUCUCCCCCAUCUCUCUCCCCUCUCUCUCUCCUCUUUCUCUUUCUCCCCCUCAUUUCAAAUGUCAUAUGUCUAUAUACAGUGUUGUAACGAUGUGCAAAUAGUUAAAGUAAAAAAGGGAAAAUAAAUAAACAUAAAUAUGGAUUGUAUUUACAAUGGUGUUUGUUCUUCACUGGUUGCCCUUUUCUUGUGGCAACAGGUCACACAUCUUGCUGCUGUGAUUGUACACGGUGGUACUUCACCCAAUAGAUAUGGGAGUUUAUCAAAAUUGGGUUUGUUUUUGAGGGAAAUAUGUGUCUCUAAUAUGGUCAUACAUUUGGCAGGAGGAUAGGAAGUUCAGCUCAGUUUCCACCUCAUUUUGUGGGCAGUGUGCACAUAGCCUGUCUUCUCUUGAGAGCCAGGUCUGCCUACGGCGACCUUUCUCAAUAGCAAGGCUAUGCUCACUGAGUCUGUACAUAGUCAAAGCUUUCCUUAAUUUUGGGUCAGUCACAGUGGUCAGGUAUUCUGCCACUGUGUACUCUCUGUUUAGGGCCAAAUAGCAUUCUAGUUUGCUCCGUUUUUUUGUUAAUUCUUUCCAACGUGUCAAGUAAUUAUCUUUUUGUUUUCUCAUGAUUUGGUUGGGUCUAAUUGUGUUGCUGUCCUGGGGCUCUGUGGGGUCUGUUUGUGUUUGUUUACAGAGCCCCAGGACCAGCUUUCUUAGGGGACUCUUCUCCAGGUUAAUCUCUCUGUAGGUGAUGGCUUUGUUAUGGAAAGUUUGGGAAUCGCUUCCUUUUAGGUGGUUGUAGAAUUUAAGGGCUUUUUCUGGAUUUGGAUAAUUAGCGGGUAUCGGCCUAAUUCUGCUCUGCAUGCAUUAUUGGGUGUUUUAUGUUGUGCACAGAGGAUAUUUUUGCAGAAUUCUGCAUGCAGAGUCUCAAUUUGGCAUUUGUCCCAUUUUGUGAAUUCUUGGUUGGUGAGCGGACCCCAGACCUCUAUAACUGAUUCAAGUAUUUUUAGCCAGAUCCUAAUUGGUAUGUCCAAAUGUUAUGUUCCUUUUGAUGGCAUAGAAGGCCCUUCUUGCCUUGUCUCUCAGAUCGUUCACAGCUUUGUGGAAGUUAACUGUGGCGCUGAUGUUUAGGCCGAUGUAUGUAUAGUUAAGGCCGAGGUCUGACAGAAUCUGUGCAGAAGAUCUAGGUGCUGCUGUAGGCCCUCAUUGGUUGGGGACAGAAGCACCAGAUCAUCAGCAAACAGUAGACAUUUGACUUCAGAUUCUAGUAGGGUGAGGCCGGGUGCUGCAGACUGUUCUAAUGCCCUCGCCAAUUCGUUGAUAUAUAUGUUAAAGAGGGUGGGGCUUAAGCUGCAUCCCUGUCUCACCCCACUGCCCUGUGGAAAGAAAUGUGUGUUUUUUGAUAAUUUUAACCACAAUCUCUCUCUCCCCUCUCUCUUUCUCCCCUCUCUCUCUCCCCCCCCCCCCCCCUCUCUGUACUCCAGGAGUUUGAGAUAGACCUGGAGGGCUCUCAGACCCUGAGGCUGCUGUGUUAUGAGAAGAGCUACAACAAGACCAAGCAGAUCAAAGAGGAUGGAGACAGCACCGACCGCAUCAUUGGCAAAGGACAGAUCCCGGUACGUCUCUGAGUCACCGUAACACUGUAACGGCACCAUGGUGACAUAGCCAGAUAACGUUAUGGUUAUGUCAGUGUGGUGAGAUUGUUGUCUGAAUGUCCUAGAUGUGGACUGGACACUGCUGAGUGCUCAGCUGAUUCGAUUAAUGAAUUAGCUUAUUAUGUAAGUAGUAGGAUAGACUGUCUACAGUGAUUAGAUGUGUUUUAGAUUAAUUUAAUAGAAAAACAUAUCUUAGAGGGUAAUGUGUCAGUAAACCAUCCUGACCGUGUUUGAAUCAGGGUCCAUAAUUCAUGUGUUCUACCUGUAGACGUCAUGUCCUGAAUACACCUCCGAUGAGUCUGAUCCAACCUGAUCUGGCAACCCUGUCUCUCCUGCUGAGGCUCUCACACUUUCAAUUGUAAAUGUGUGUGUGUGUGUGUGUUUUUUUUUUUUGCUUGUGGGUUUUGAAGGAUGGAGUACUGGAUAGGGGGCUCACUGGUAUAGGCUUUUUGUACAUAGCCCGUUUUGUUUCAAGGAAAGGCAGGUAUCCUUGGUUAGUGUUUCAGAGCCUCUGCUUGGAUCUGGUCCACUUCUGGGGGGUGUACUGUUCCCUGUUCCCCUCCCCCCUCCCUCACUCGGCCAGGUGUGUGUGUGUGUAUGAAAACUUGUCAGUAUUCAGUGGUGUACAAUAACACACAUACGUUUACCCGACCUGGGGCAGUCUUGUAGGGUGAAGUUGCCCCUAAACGCUGCUCUUGGGUCAGUUUUGAAUUUCCCCACUAAUGGUUAAAGUGAGGAAUGGGGAGGGGUAGCUGAUCCUAGAUUUGUACCUAGGGGGAAACUAUACCGCAGAGCAGAGGUAGUCAUGGUGGCUGGACCCAGGUAGUUUCUCUCUGGUUUGUCGCUUGCUCGUUAAUCAAACAAAGCUAAAAUGUGGAUAUCCAUCUCCCUCUAGGGCAGGGUUCUUCAAUUCCGGUCCUGGAGGGCCGAAACACCUCUGUUUUUCAUCCUCUCCUUCUAAUCAGGGGCUAAUGCAGUUCACACAGAAACACACACAGCAGGACGCCAUGUUGCCAAAGCUGAGCAGCUUAGUAUGAAAGUCCCAGCAGAUUAUUUAUUUAUUUAUUUUGACAGUGAGCCCUGUAUGCGCAUCAAUACACACUAUUCAGAUCAACUUUUCACCCAAACACACAAGGGGGGAAUGUGGUGCACUGGGCUCGUCCAGUGGGGGCGAGGGGGGACACCCAGUCCCAGUGGAGAGAGUGGUUGGUGGGGUUAUCCAGGGCUUCACUGGGGUCCAUUGGGGGGAUGGUGCAUUUUACAUUUUACACUAACGCUAACUUAAGCAGAGGGAUUAGCUGUUACUAAUAGAGGAGAGAGGGAAGGAAAGGAGGCGGAGACAAUGGAGAACAGAGGGGAGGAGACAGAGGCGCAGAGGGAGGAGUUUGUCGUCCUGAAAUGCAAUCCACACCUGUGUGUAUGAGAACGUACUUUAGCUGGCGAUCCUGGCACACACACAUCCACACACACUCCUCAGAGCGAGCGAUUCAGGUGUGUGUAGGGCGAAACAGAGCUUUUCCUGGACCACUGGAGACCAUUAUGGCGGGGCUGAGUUAGGCUACACACUGGGACUGGACACAGAGAGACACCGUGCUGAGACUACAGCUCUACUGAUGGAGGAGGAGAAAGAGGAGGAGAAAAGGAGAGGGGCAGUAUGGGCCUGAUAAGAGCGUCUACCACCAACUCCCUAAAUCUACAGAACUUGUACACUAGACUUUGUCAGUCUUUGUCAGUCCCUCUACACAGGGAGCCAUGGUAGAUGAAGUAGUUGAGGACAGAGGAGAUGGGAUGCAAGGCCUGCACUCUGUUGGCCAGACACUGCAGCAGUGUCAGUGUGGAGGGUCACUAGGGAGAGGGGAAAGGAGGUCCCCAGCCUGGGGUGAGGGGAGAAGCUGUGGAGAAGUAUACGCAUUGCCCUGCUGAGAGGCAAGGUAACCCCCAUCACUGGAGGACGACUGAUGUCCGAUGCUUUGACAGAAGCAAAUAAUAUACAGGGAGGGGAACGGGCAACUGUGUGUGUGUUUGUGUGUGUUUGUUUUUUUGUCUACAUUCCAGCGACAGACAGCCCAUGUUAGCCGUCCUUUCAGUUUGCACAGUGACAUACUGAUCGCCUUUGGCUCAACCUCAUACAGCCAACGUUUCCUUGUCCUUUUACUUUUUUGAUGUGCUCGUGCGUACUUUCCUCUGUUGAACUGAUACGGACCUAGAGAGGGACCCUACGGGUGUACUGUUACUGUAAUGGCCCAGGAGAUUGAGAUGAUUCAAUGAAGUGCUGGGAACAUGAUCCGGCGCUGCACGUGAUCAGAUGGAGCUUAGCCAAGAUGGGGAUGAAGGAGAAAGGUACACGAUGAACUGUGUGUUUGGUGUGUAGUGUGGUGGGGUACGGUGUGCCCGGCUGAACUCAGUCCAGAUGGCAGGAUCUGUUUCUCUGUUUGUCCAGAGUGGACAGGAGGAUAAUUAGAUGACUAAUGCAGGAGGUGAUAGGGGCCAGAUUCGCUGACCAACUGAAACCUGAGGCUGCACUUGAAUGCGUUAUAACGUCACUGUGUGAAGAAAAUGAUAAACAAUUGGUGUAUUCAGUCCUAGGGAAGAAGGUAGCCUAAUGGUCUUGUUUUUUUGUCUCUGUGUCUUUAUGAGUCUGUUAGUGUCUGAGUGUAUUGGUGUACUAACCAAGGAUUUUGUUCUGUUUUUGCCCCAUCCAGCUGGAUCCGCAGACGCUCCAAGGCAAAGACUGGCAGAGAACGCUUAUCCCCAUGAACGGGGUGAGUGUGUGUGUGUGUUAAGGUGUCAGCCCCGUUGAAGGGAUGAGUCUGUAACGUGUACGCUGGGAGUCGGGAAGCAAGUACAGGGAGUGAAUUUAAUAAUACAUUUAACAAAACAAGAAACACGAGUAGCGUAGAGACAUGAAACACAAACACAGAGUAAAUAACGCCUGGGGAAGGAACCAAAGGGAGUGACAGAUAUAGUGGAGGUAAUCAGGAAGGUGAUGGAGUCCAGGUGAGUCUCAUGAAACGCAGGUGUGCGUAACGAUGGUGGCAGGUGUGCGUAAUUGUGAGUGAACUGGCAACAACGAGCGCCAGAGAGGAGGAGCGGGAGUAGACGUGACAGAGUCUGUGUUUGUGCCAUGCCAUGUGAUCCUUUAAAUGUGUGUUUCUUAUCUUAACAAUUAUCUAAACGUAUCUUAACUGAUCCGUAUCUUAUCUUACUUCUCUUGUCAGUGUAAACUGGUUUAAACUGUCAUUUAACCCUUUCUCUCUCUACUCCAGAUCGAGGUGAAGCUCUCUAUGAAGUUUACUAGCCGAGAGUUCAGUCUGAAGAGGAUGCCGUCACGUAAACCCAUGGGCGUGUUCGGAAUCAAGAUCUCCACGGUGACCAAGUGAGUUCAAUAGUCCCCUCAUAUAAAUAUAUCCCGAACACACUCCCUGACCACCUGGCCAUCUAUACAGUAACCAUGGAGAAAGCCUGCCGUAAGACAGCUGGUGAACGCAAGUGACCCAAGUGAAUGUCAUAGCCUAAUCUAAGAGCCAGAGAACCUCUCUGAGGAAAGGAGGAGGGAGAAGAUGGGGAGGGGGAGAGAAACGGAUGGACAGGAUUCCCUGUUGAGAUCGUGAGCCUCUCAUCCCAGAUAAUCCCAACUACAUUCCCAUGUCACUACUCACUCACUCCCCCAGGCACCAGCCCUGGUCAGGAACUGACCUCUUCCCCUUCUCCUUUAGUCUAAUAAGAGACUAGAAACAUUGUUUCUGGUGUACAGCUGGCAAAGCUUCUGGCAAGCCACUGAUUAGAGUGGUCUCUGUCUGCAUCCCAAAUGGCACCUACUCCUUAUACAGUGCACUACUUUUGACCUGGUCAAAAGAGAGACUGUGAUUUUAGGGAAGGUAAAUGUUAUUGAUAAGAAGUCAACUCACAGUCUCCCAUAGAUGGAAGAAACGAUUUUCCUACUUGCAUUUCUCCUUGUGGACACUGCUCUGAGGUUGUCAACAGAGAAUAAAGAGAGGGGGUACGGUUGAGGGGUAAAUAGGGACCAUGAAAGACGGGGUGAAGGGACAUUCAGAUUGAGUGUGAGAGAGAGAGUGCAAUAUGUAGUUAAACAGUAAGGGACAGUUGAGGCAAAGAUGGUGGAUAAAUAAAGAUAGUUCACUUCAGGCCAUUUACCAUUGAAUAAAAUGGCCAGUUCCUGUCUACUUAAGGGAGUGGCUCUCCCAUAGACACCAAUGCGAUAGCAGCUGGGUCUGGUCUACUUAGUUCAUUGACUUCCAUUGAAACAGAAAAAAUGAGGGAGUGGGGAUGUCUUGCUUCCUCUUCCGUCUCUGGUUGAGGCCAGGCUUGUGGCCGAUGUUGGUGAGUGACGCUAAUUGGAUUGCUGGUAAUGAGCGGACUAACAAGGUUUAACAGCAGAACCAAUUAAGGCUGUAGAGACAACAUGCCACCAAUAACACCAACAGAGAACCACCACCAUCACUACUGGGACUUAGAACAACUACCUAGCUACACAGAGCUGCCCGCCAGCUCGACCUGCCCAUAUGUAGUACAUGAACCCACAACAAAACACACAGUGGUAAUUGUGCAUUUUGUAUCCAUAAUAAUAAUAAUAAACAUGAUAAAGUACACAGCCGAUGUGUGUUUAUAUUUUGGGUUCACAUACUACAACAAUGCAGCGAGAGCCAACCGUACAGUACACACAUUAUUGUCAGUGGGAAUAUCCAACCAAAAAAUCAUUUGGUGAGUGUGUGUAUCCCCAUGCCCUCUGGUAUGCCAAUCCUUAAUUGUGUGUGUUUUCCCCAUGACAGACGGGAGCGCUCCAAGGUGCCCUAUAUCGUCAGACAGUGUCUGGAGGAGAUUGAGCGGAGGGGGAUGGAGGAAGUGGGCAUCUACCGGGUCUCAGGGGUGGCUACAGACAUCCAGGCCCUGAAGGCUGCCUUCGACACCAGUGAGUACCAAUACCUUACUUCCCCCUGGCUCCCCCUCUCAGUGGAGCCCUGGACCUGGGAAUAGGCUACAGUAUAGCAUAUGGAUACUCUGUGGACGUUCUGUAGCUUGGUGGAACCAGCUGUGAUACGUGAAGUGAAAUAGAAUAACAAAUGCAGCCAUCAGUCUGGUUCUAUCAGGCUGGCCUCUCUGUGCAUUCAGUCUGUUGGACUGACUACUAUCAAAUCCAUGUGUCCUGCCCUGCUGUUUCCCCUAGGUGAACUUCUGAUUAUGGUGCUCCGUUGUUGGGAAUCAUGGGUACAUUUUCUGGUUUUGCUUUUUUUAAAAAGCCUAAAAGAGUUUUAGUGCUUAACCCAGUUUUCUUUCUUCAUUUAGGCUUACUAAUUCCUAUGUGUGGGUGUGCUAGUUGAGCAUGUUGUGCGUGUGUGACCUUGUGUGUCUGUGUGUGUGUGCAUUUGUGUGAGUACGUAUAUGUGUGGUGAUUUCUCUGAUUACGACAUUUACAGCUUGCUUUGGGGAGCAUGUUGCGUCCUCAGCCAGUGUCUAUCUGCCAAUGAACUGAGGUGCAGUGUGUUUUUGUGAAUGGCAGAAUUGACAGAGGCUAUAUGUCUCCUGCUCCAUUGUUGCCAUGGCUACACUUUCUGCCUGUCUUUCUGAGCUUUGUCAUCUUUCCCACAGACAACAAAGACGUGUCUGUGAUGAUGAGUGAGAUGGAUGUGAACGCCAUCGCUGGCACUCUGAAGCUGUACUUCAGAGAGCUGCCAGAACCCCUCUUCACUGACGACCUGUACCCCAACUUCGCAGGAGGCAUUGGUCAGUCUCAUGCCUUUGACAGCCAACAGCAACUUAUACCUAUAACAUUAUCAUGGUAUAACUUAGCACUCAGGUUAAUGUGUGAAUGUCUGUCUCUCUUUCUGCAGCCCUGUCUGACAGCGUUGCCAAAGAGAGCUGCAUGCUGAAUCUACUGUUGUCGCUGCCAGAACCCAACCUGGUUACAUUCCUAUUCCUGCUGGAUCACUUGAAGAGGUACGCACAGACAUAGGGCUAUGUACAGACAUAGAGCUAUGUACAGACAUAGAGCUAUGUACAGACAUAGAGCUAUGUACAGACAUAGAGCUAUGCACAGACAUAGAGCUAUGCACAGACAUAGAGCUAUGCACAGACAUAGAGCUACCCAAGACAUAGAGCUACCCAAGACAUAGAGCUACCCAAGACAUAGAGCUACCCCAGACAUAGAGCUACCCCAGACAUAGAGCUACACUUAGACAAACACAGGCAUUUAGAGACAAACCGAUCCCAAGCAAACAAGCAGAACCUAAACUCUUUAUUCGAUUGCGUAAUAGAGUGAUUGUUAUGUCCUUUCACGUGGUGUAUUACCAUGAACCACCAUUCACCCUCUGUCUCUCCCCGCUCCCCAGGGUGGCUGACAAGGAGAGCAUCAACAAGAUGUCCCUCCACAACCUGGCCACAGUGUUUGGCCCCACCCUGCUGCGGCCUGCAGAGAAGGACAGCAAGAUCCCCACCAACCCCACGCAGCCUAUCAGCAUGGGAGACAGCUGGUCCCUGGAGGUCAUGUCACAGGUAGGCGAUAUAGUAUCUCUCCUCUCUCUGUCCCCCCAUACUUCUUAUUUGGUAUUGAUGUCCCUCUAACUGUCCGUCUGUCCCCCCAGGUCCAGGUGUUGCUGUACUUCCUCCAGCUGGAGACCAUCCCCACGCCGGACAGUAAGCGUCAGAGCAUCCUCUUCUCCACCGAAGUGUAG